AUGGCAUCCUCUCCCCUGUUUGCCCAGUUGACGGCCCCCAAUGGUGUUGCCUACAAGCAGCCCCUCGGCUUGUUCAUCAACAAUGAAUUUGUUGCAGCUCAGUCUGGCCAAACGAUUGCAGCUGUCAACCCAUUUGACGAAUCCGACAUUGCACAAGUCCAUGCCGCCGGGACCCAGGAUGUUGAUAAUGCCGUGCAGGCUGCUCGUGACGCUUUCAACGGGCUCUGGGGAGACGUGACGUCCACGGAGAGGGGUCGUCUCUUGAGCCGCCUGGCUGAUCUUGUCGAGGCUCAGGCUGAGACGCUAGCGACCAUUGAGUCGUGGGACGGUGGCAAACCAUUCCAUGUUGCCCUGCAAGAGGACGUGCAGGAGGUCGUCGCCGUCUUCAGAUACUAUGCAGGCUAUUCAGAUAAACUGCAUGGCCAAGUGAUCGAGACGGAAAAGAACCAACACGUCUUCACCACCCGCGAACCCAUCGGCGUCUGUGGCCAAAUCAUCCCAUGGAACUAUCCCCUCAGCAUGGCAGCCUGGAAGCUGGGCCCUGCCAUCGCGACUGGCAACUGCGUCGUCAUCAAAGCAGCCGAGCAAACACCACUAUCCAUCCUUUACCUAGCCACCCUUUUCAAGGAAGCUGGUUAUCCAAAGGGUGUCGUCAACGUCAUCAACGGCUAUGGUAGAGAUGCAGGCGCCGCCCUUGCGUCGCACAUGGGUGUUGACAAGAUUGCUUUUACCGGUUCAACCCAGACAGGCCGAGAGAUCAUGAAGCUCGCGUCAGGGAACCUCAAGAGUCUCACACUGGAAACAGGUGGCAAGUCACCGCUAGUCGUGUUUGACGAUGCCGACCUGGACAAGGCAGCAUACUGGGGACAUGUUGGCAUCAUGUCGAACGCCGGCCAGGUCUGCACCGCCAACAGCCGAAUCUUUGUGCAUGAAAGCAUCUACAACGAUUUCCUCCGCCGGUUCCUAGAAAAGGCUGCCUCGGCCAAGGUCGGUGACCCUUUUGCCGCUGACACGUUCCAAGGCCCUCAGGUCAGCAAGGCGCAGCGGGACAGAAUCCUCCACUACAUUGAACUUGGAAAGUCUGAAGGGGCAACGCUCGCUCUUGGAGGCAAAGUGCACGAAACCGCCGGUAACGGCAAAGGUUAUUUUGUUGAACCGACAGUCUUUACAGAUGUCAACGACGACAUGACAAUUUAUCGCGAAGAGAUCUUUGGUCCUGUCGCCGCGGUCCUCUCAUUCAAGACAGAAGACGAAGUUGUCAGACGAGCAAAUGACACCUUCUUUGGUCUCGGUGCCGCCCUUUUUACUAAAGAUGUGAGCCGGGUCCAUCGAAUCUCGCGCAAGAUACAAAGCGGCACUGUGUGGGUCAACAGUAGUAACAACUCGGAUAUCCGAGCUCCGUUUGGAGGAUUCAAGCAAUCGGGGAUCGGUCGUGAGUGUGGGCAAGCUGGAAUCGAGGCUUACACCAACAUCAAGACUGUUUUUAUCACGUUGGACUAG